UUCCGUGCCGGAGAGCCGGGCAGCCCCAGGAGCCCAGCGCGGAGCAAACUUUAUUUGGGAAACGGCAGCUGCUUCUUCUUUAUGGUCCUGACCCCAGAGGGAGAAAUACCAGGAGGACACUCCCUGCCCUGCCCUGCCCCCGACACACACCCACUCACCUCAUGUGUGGGGUCCGCGUGGGCCAGGGUGAAGGACCCACCCAGGCAAGAUGAUAGAUGUCUUUGGGGCGGCUGCUGGUGUCCUCCCCCAGGUCCUGGGUCCCAGCCCGUGGGAGCGUAGCCCCCGACUGAGCCCUGUCAGACUGCUGCAGCGGAGGUGAAGACGGUCGGAGCAAGAAGAGGCACCCGUUGGGAGACCGAUGCUACUUGUCUUCAAGCCUGUAGACGUGUCAGAGUUUUAGGAGAGGAGGGCAUCUGUUUGGUGACCUUUAUUGGCAAGAAUCUAGGCUGUGGUUCUGCCCCGGCACCUAUGCCCCCACCUCUGGUCGCGCCAUGAGCCAGUUUCAGGUGCCCCUGGCCGUCCAGCCAGAGCUACCUGGCCUUUAUGACUUCCCUCAGGGCCAAGUAAUGGUGGGGGGCUUCCAGGGACCUGGCCUGCCGAUGACCGCUAGUGAGCCCCAACUCCGAGGCGGUGGAGAUGGGCGAAAGAAACGGAAGCGGUGUGGGACUUGUGAGCCCUGCCGGAGGCCGGAGAACUGCGGGGCCUGCACCAGCUGUACCAACCGCCGCACGCACCAGAUAUGCAAGCUGCGCAAGUGUGAGGUGCUGAAGAAGAAAGCAGGCCUUCUGAAGGAGGUGGAAAUAAAGGCUGGUGAAGGAGCCAGGCAGUGGGGACAAAGGCCGACUGUCAAGGUUCCUUGUGUAUGUGUGUGA